AACUUAUAUACGUAAUGUUCUGUCUAAUGAGUAGAACUUACUGCCACUGUGCCACAGGCAGGAGGGAGCACCGGCCGCUCCACUGAUUUCUUUCAACUCUAGAUGGGUGAAGACUAUGAUCUUAUCAAAACUGCCUUCUAAAUCCACCCGCCUCCGCCGUUGCCGCUUUCUCUUCUAUCGCGCAAGCGACUCCUCCCCCGCUCGAUCGUUCUCGUCUUCCACCAUUUCUACUGAGAAGAACGAUCCGACGACACAGCUCCAGAAAACAGCUUCAAAUGUGUGCGAAGUUAUCCGACGGAAGCCAAGGUGGGAAAGCUCCAUUCUUUCCCUUUUCCCUCCUUCAACCUCCGGCAUCUUCCACUCAAACUGCAUCAGCCUUGUCAUUCGUCGCCUCUCAGAUUCCAAUCCCCUGCUGUCUUUCCGUUAUCUGCUCUGGCUCUCCUCGACCUCUUCUUUAAUCUCCCUCGAUCCGGAGGUCGCCGGCUCCUUUCUAAACGCCCUGUCGGCCUCCCGUGCCUGGAAGCCUGCCUUGCACGCAAUCCGUUCGGUAAAAUGCCUUAGUGAGUUCUCCGUCCUCGACCCCUUCGUUUUUCAUCUCUGCAGCGAUACCCGUUCGAUUUAUUGCGAUAAUAACCUACUCUAUGACCUUUGCGACAUCCUCGAGAGCCAUUCUACUAAACUAUCACUUCCUACAUGGAACUCGAUCCUCUCCGCCUCUCUUAUAACUGAAAAGACCGAUCUUUUCCACCGUUUCUACUCCAUGAUGAUCGAAAGUGGCACUGCUCCCGACGCAUCGACCGCCGGAUACCUAAUCAGAGCCUUGUGCCGCGACGGCGAGCCAACCGUAGCCUACCAUGUCCUCCGCGAUGUAUCCAGGAAACGGAUCAUACCUGACGUCGUUUCAAUCACUCAAUUAAUUUCCGCUUUCUCUAAAUGUGGAAACUUUGGCAGGGUUUCGGAAAUCCUUCAUCUUAUGAUCGCCAGCGGCUCCCAGCCAGACCUCUUCACCUAUCAGGAAAUCAUCAACGCCCUCUGCGACGGAGCCGGCCGCACCGCCAUGGUUGAUGAGGCAUUUCGUAUCUUCAAUGACCUAAAAUUAAAGGGCUAUGCUUGUGACGUUGUUACGUACACUACCAUGAUUGACGGACUUUGCAAGAGCGGCCGGAUGGAGGAGGCUCUGUUACUGUGGUCGGAGAUGGUAGCUAAUGGAAUUCAACCCAACAACUAUACCUACAACGCCAUCAUUAACGGUUAUUGUAAGUCCGGUAAUAUCGACCAUGCACGCAAGCUGUACGAUGAGAUGUUCUCAAAGGGUUUUAAGGAGAGCACAGUGAGCAGCAACAUAAUGUUAGCCGGGCUGUGCUUGCAUGGCAGGCUGGCUGAUGCCAUCAACCUGUUUGCUGAAAUGCCCAAUAAAGGAAUCCAUCGCGAUGUGAUCACUUACAACACCUUGAUCCAAUGCCUGUGCAAAGAAGGCAAGACAUCCGAUGCUAUCGAGCUUUACUCGAGCAUGCUAGCAACAAGCAUCAGACCAAGCAUUUCAACAUAUACGCCGCUGAUCAUGGUUCUAUGCGAGGAAGGGCGAAUGACGGAUGCAACGGAGCUAAUCAAGAUCCUGGAGGCUCAAGGAUUGGAGCCAUUGGUCUGCACGAAUGAUUUCAUCAUAUCUGGAUUUUGCAGAGUUGGUAAUGCUGAGAAGGGCAUGGCUUGGUUGUCAAGGAUGCUGCAAAGCAAUCUAAAGCCAAGGGCAGAGACAAUGGACAGGCUAGUUGAAUGCCUUUGUUCACUUGGUCAAGUAGAUUGCGCACUACAGGUGGUGAAAAAGAUGUUUGAUAUCAGCUACAUUUUGGGUUCUUCAGUUUGCCAUCUUCUCAUCAGCAAACUCUGUGGAGUGGAUUCUUACCAAGUUUGUGAGCUCUUGGAUGAAAUAGUGCUGGUGGAGAGUUAAUAUUUGAUUUAUCUCCUUCCCAGGUUGUCCAGGACCGUCAAGUAUCUCUAACUUGAGGAAAUUUAUAUCUACUGUCGUGGUGCCUUUGGGAAAUAUGACUGGGCAUGCAAUAGAUUCUUGCUGCUAAGGAGGUAUAAAAUAAUGUUUUUAAUCAUAAAUUGGAGAUUAGUCUAUUUAUUUAUUUAUUGUCUGUAGACACGUUGAAAAGGAUGAAAAAAGUUGUAAAAGGCUUAAGCGUUUGCAGGUUGAUGAGCAUACUGUAUUGGAAUUAUUAUAUUUUUCAUAAUUCAUUCAUAAAAAUGCCGAUAACA